AUGCAAGCGCUCAACCCACCUUCUCCGAUGCUGACCGACUCCUCGUUCGACUCUGAUUCCGACUCCGACCUUGAGGAAGACGAUGAUGAGGUUAUAAACGCCCGCGUUUAUCCUUGUUGGCUGGCUUACAGUGCAGUCCUCGAACAACGUGGCUUUCGACUCGACACUGUGAAAGAAGUGCGGGACUCUUACUCGGAAAUUCCAGAUCACUUUUUGCGCAAACAUGCUGGAGAUCGAGAAGAUGCGCUUUGUCCAGACGCUGGCCUGUGUGACAACCUCUUUCGUGGUUCAAGAACUUGCGAUGGUUUGCGGGUUAUGGUCAAAGCUGUUCAUCGCUGGUCGCGCGAAUUCCGUGUCAUCUGCUUAUUGCACUGUCUACGGGAAGACCCCAUGAACCACUGCAUACCCAUCCUGGAUCUUAUCGAGUCGGACGACGACGAUGUGGCCCUCAUAGUCAUGGAACAGUGGAGCUCUCAACUAAUAGACGACGAUGGUCCUUGUAACCUUAGAUUGUUCAUUGCCGCAAUCCGCCAAUGUAUAGAGCAUGUCACCUUCAUGCAUCAACACCGCAUAGCGCAUCUAGACAUCUCCCUGCGCAAUUUGUUGACCGACUACAAAGGCCAUUAUGCCUACAUCGACUAUGAGCUUAGUCGCUGUUUUGACUCUCAAGAGUCGAUCUGCAUCCACGACUUUCGUUCCACCGAAAUUCCGCCUGAAUGCGAACACGGUGAAUGUCGUGAUCCCUUCAAAGCUGACGUCUGGGCGCUGGCAAUUCUUAUUUUGAGGGCAUGCAAGUUAGCGGGUUACUGCAUCCCAGAGUUUCUUCGAUUCACACAACCCAUGCUCCAUUCCGAUUUGCGCCAGCGACCAUCCAUGACACAAGUUCUCGCUGCCUACGACGAGAUGGUUUCGAGCAUCGGAGAUUUAGAUCGUCUUCCUAGCCCUCAUUGA